AUGGCAAGCAAGCGCCAUCAAAACGGAAGCAAUAACGGGGAGGGAAAGCGACCUAAGGGCAACGGCGACCAAAAGGACUCUCAGUCCCCACCACAUAUGGAUGACGACCUCAUGCGCUCUCUUCAGGAAGAAGACGAGAUGAGGACGGACGAGGACAUGAUGGAUGAGCCCCCGCCUGAGGCGGGAGGUGGUGAAACACAUGCCGCGAAAUGGGCUCGUCCUCAACUUCGGGCGUUCGAAGCCAAGGAGAAGGCUAUCACGUUCCAGUGGGUAGACAUCGAUAUGACCUCGGGGGACCCCGUCAAGAUCGACCCGGCAACUGGCAAGGCACCAAAACAGUCGUCUCCCGAGGAGGUCGUCCCCGUCAUUCGCUUGUACGGCGUUACCGAGGAGGGAAACAGCGUCUUCACUCACGUGCACGGGUUUGUGCCUUACUUCUACAUCCCCUGCCCCCCAAACUUUGAGGACCGCCACCGUGGAGCGUUACAGCAGGCGAUCAUAACUGCUCUUCGAGCCCGAAUUCGCGGAGACGAGAACCGCAUCAGGAGUCUAUGCCUGGGAGUUGGAUUCGCGAAGGAUAAGCAAUCUCUCCUGGGCUAUUCUUUUGGAAACACGCGCGACUUUCUGCAGAUCUAUCUUGCUAUGCCAAGCCUGCUGCCGAAGGUGAAAACACUGUUGGCGGACGGCAUCCAUGUCGAUGGCUACGGGCAGUUGUGCGCCAGCACAUCGUACGAGAGCAACGUGCCGUUUGUUCUUCGCUUCAUGGUGGACAAGGAAAUUCCAGGGGCUAGCUGGAUAGAGCUUCCCAAGGGAACGUACUCGAUACGAUCGGACUACAAGAAGCGCUCGCGCUGUCAGCUGGAGGUGGAUGUGUUCUUCAACCACAUGAAGAGCCAUCCAUGCAAGGGGGAGUGGAACAAGGUUGCGCCUUUGCGAAUUCUGUCGUUCGACAUCGAGUGUGCUGGACGCAAGGGGCACUUCCCAGAGGCCGACAAGGACCCCGUAAUCCAGAUCGCUAACGUCGUGAAGGUGCAAGGAAGCGACGACGUGGUCGCCAAGAAUGUCUUCACCCUCGGGGGUUGCACUCCUAUCGUCGGUGCUCACGUCAUCUCGAACGCAACCGAGGACGAGUUGCUGUGGGAGUGGAGCCAAUUUGUGAAGGUGGCUGACCCGGACAUCCUCACGGGCUACAACAUCCAGAACUUCGACGUUCCGUACCUUCUGAAUAGAGCCAAGGCUCUGUCGCGAAAGAGCAAGAAACUCGAGAAAUUCGGCGAGUGGGGGCGUCUGCGAGGGAAAAUGGCAACGAUGAAGGACACGACCUUUCAGAGCAGUGCGUACGGAAAACGCGAAAACGUGGAAACAAGCAUCGAUGGACGGGUGAUGUUCGAUAUGCUGCCCUACAUGUUCCGCAACCACAAGCUCAGCUCGUACAGUCUCAACAGCGUUUCCGCGGAGCUUUUAGGCCAGCAAAAAGAGGACGUCCACUACUCCAUCAUCUCUGAUCUGCAGAAUGGCUCAGACGAAGACCGUCGGCGGUUGGCGGUGUACUGCAUUAAGGAUGCACUGCUUCCCAUGAAGCUGAUGGAGAAGCUGAGCGUAAUGGUGAACUACAUCGAGAUGGCGAGGGUGACAGGCGUUCCUCUCAACUUCCUUCUCUCCAGGGGGCAACAAAUCAAGGUGUUCUCCAUGCUUUUACGGAAGACGAGGAGUGUUAACCUGCUGAUCCCGAAUCUGCCGAAGCAUGCUGUUGACCAAGAGACGUACGAAGGGGCGACGGUGAUCGAGCCCAAGAAGGCGUUCUACGAGGAGCCGAUUGCUACGCUGGAUUUCGCGUCCUUGUACCCAUCCAUCAUGCAGGCGUACAACCUGUGCUACUCCACCCUGGUUGCAGGCGAGGACAAGAACAAGCUCAAGCCGGACCAAUACCUCACGAGUCCGUCAGGGGACGUUUUUGUCAAGUCUGAGGUCACGAAGGGGUUGCUCCCGGCGAUUCUGGACGAGCUUUUGACGGCGCGGAAGCAGGCCAAGAGAGACAUGGCGGCAGCUACAGACCCUAUGGAGAAGGCUGUGCAGAACGGCAGACAGCUCGCGCUUAAGGUGUCGGCAAAUUCUGUGUACGGCUUCACCGGUGCUACCGUGGGGCAGCUACCCUGUCUACCCAUCGCAUCCAGCACAACGUCCUACGGGCGAGACUUGCUGUUCCGAACACGGAGCUACGUGGAAGAGACGUACACCGUCGCGAACGGUUACGACCACGACGCCGACGUGGUGUACGGAGACACCGACUCCGUCAUGGUCAAGUUUGGCUCCAAGACGGUGGCGGAGGCCAUGCCGCUUGCGGAGAAGGCUGCGGAGGAGGUGUCCAAGAUCUUUCCUCGACCUAUCAAGCUGGAGUUCGAGAAGGUUUACUGGCCAUACCUCCUGAUGAAUAAGAAGCGUUACGCGGGAUUGCUGUGGACGAAGGUGGACAAGUACGACAAGAUGGACACCAAGGGGCUCGAGACGGUCCGACGUGACAAUUGCUUGCUUGUCCGCAAGGUGGUCGACACUUGCCUCCGAAAGGUUUUGAUAGACAGGGACGUGCAGGGCGCCAUCACCUACUCGAAGCAGGUGAUCUCGGAGCUUCUCCAGAACAGGAUGGACAUUUCGCUUCUCGUCAUCACCAAGUCCCUGGGAAAGAGCGCGGACAGCGAAGGCUACACCGCCAAGCAGGCGCACGUGGAGCUUGCGAUGCGCAUGAAGAAGCGCGACCCAGGCACCGCUCCCAACGCGGCCAAGGGUGCUGCAGCGUACGAGCGAAGCGAGGACCCGGUCUACGUGCUCGAGAACAACUUGCCGAUCGACACCGAGUACUACCUCACUAACCAGCUCAGCAAGCCGCUCAGCCGUCUGUUUGAGCCCAUCAUCGACAACCCGUCCGCUCUUCUGCACGGGGAGCACACGCGAUCAAUCGUGAAGAAGACCCCAACAGCACGGGCGGGCGGUAUCAUGAUGUUCGCCGUGAAGAAGCUAAAGUGCAUGGGAUGUAAGGCACCUAUUAGCGAGAAGGAAAAAACUCUCUGCGCACACUGCAGGCCGAAGGAGGGCGACAUCUACUCGGCCAAAUUACGAGAGGUGAACGAGCAGCAACUGCUUUUCAGCCGAUUGUGGACCCAGUGCCAAGACUGCCAAGGCUCCUUCCACCAGGACGUCCUGUGCUCGAACAGGGAUUGUCCCAUCUUCUACAAGCGCAAGAAGGUUCAGAUUGACUUGAAGGAGGCCCAAGACCAGCUAGACCUCUUUGCGUGGUGAUAUAUAUGAGAGCGACCUGCUGCCUGUCAAUUUGCUUCCCAAACGCGUGCACCAAUGUAAAAUAGAUUUCUUGGGGAAGUAUGGAUCUGUUGUACUGCUGCUGCACCAAUACGCGCAAGGUACGAAGUGCCUGCCUGGUUUGCAGCUCUACUCUACUCCUGCCCUGUUCAUCGCCGUGGCUUUCAAAACCACUGGUAGAGAAGCCGUCAAAAGGUUGAGGUCUGGGUCCAGGCUCCGCCCAACUCCUUCCAAAACUGCGAUGGCGAUCAAAGUCCUGGCGAACUUGGACUCAAGCUUGACCUCAUGCUUCAAGCACAACCUGAAUAUUCUCCCCAGUAAAUCUCCGGCCUGCAUCUCCCCCAAGCGCAUCCCGCUCGACCUAGCUCUCUGCACCACUUCGUUCACCCCUUCGCAAAAGCCGUCCGGGUCCUGGCACCGCUGAUUUCGUGCCCUUUCAACCAUCAGCGAACCUGCCCGCUUUCCCUCGCCAACCACAAUAGCAUGGAAAAGGUCGCAGAAGUUUCGCCGAUCCUCCUCGUCGAGCUCGCAUACAAUACCCGCAUCUAGGAAGAUGAGUCGCUCUUCCCCGUUCUCUUCUCGUCGUUCCACCAUCAAGUUUCCGGGGUGAAGAUCGCCGUGCACGAAAUUGUUGAGAAACGCCAUCUUGAGAAACGCUUGGAGGCCCAUA